AUGGCUACACAAUAUAAAAAGAAGUGGUACCUUGCCGAAAGACUCUGGGCUGAACUAAUGGGUUCUCCACCGCGGAAGAAAUUAAAAGAUGGUGCUGUUCCGACCUUGUUUAAUUUUACAAAACAGCCUGAGAAACGUAAAAGAACAGAAAAAAGAAUCGAAGACCGUCAGAAACGACAGCUAAUUGAUUCUAUGCUGGAAACAGAAGCAAGUGAUACUACACAACCUGAAAAUAAACAAGAAAUGGGAACCCAGACUGAAACAAAUGGCGUUGAUAAAGCUGUCAAUGCUGUCAAGUGCACUAAAACACGCGGCGUUCAAUGUCAAUCAUCACUGUAUGUGAGUCAUGAAAAGGUUGGAAUCCAAGUAGCUCCAAUAAAAGUGAAGAUUCCAAAACCAAAAAAAAAGAAGGACAAAUGUUGUAAUACCGAUUUUUCUUUCUCGCCCGAUGUAGAAGUAUCGAUGUCUGUCAUAGAAGAAUUUUCAGAAUACGAGGAAGAAGCAAUUAGUAAUAAUGAGAAAAGUCAAGACGAAUCGUUCAAUUUGGAAAAUCUGUCAGAUAGUGAGAAUGAUAACGACUCCGAUGCGGACAUUCCCGACCUAAACGGCACGUGUUUUAUCGUUUUUUGGUCUUGUCUUCUACCUCUGCUACGAUUUUGUUUCACCUGUUUUAAGCCAGCUGAAGUGAAUAAAAUUGCAGUUAAAGGGACUCAACUAAUCGUACAUUUGCUGUGCAGUGACCAUCAUGCUCACCAAUGGUCAUUGCAACCACUGGUGAGUAAGCGACCGUGGGGAAAUUUAUUGCUUUCCUCAGCCAUUUUAAUUUCCGGUAACACAUACCAUCGCGUUAAAGAAAUGAUGCAAAUCGCAAAAAUACGUUUUUUGUCCAAAACCACCUUUUACGAAAUACAAAAAAAGUACAUAUUCCAAGCGAUUCACAAAAUAUAUUCCACUCAUCGAGAAUUACGAUUUCAGUCUUACCUAGAAAGCAAUGAGGCACUAGACUUAGCAGGCGAUGGGAGGUGUGAUUCACCAGGUUACAGUGCAAAGUGCGGAACUUACACGUUACUUAAUUCAAAAUCAAAUGAAAUAGUUGAUUUCAUGUAGUUCAUGUCGGCCAAGUUGGGAAUUCGUCGCGUAUGG